UUCACAAGAAAUACUGUUUAUCUGCAGCCGAGAGUCGAGAGAGUAGAAAUGGAAUUUUCUUCUUUUUUUGUAUGAUUUAGUUAACGUGCCACCUCUCACACACUCCCUUUUUUUCUCGUGCAGUACUGUGUGGACAAGUGGUGCGACACUCCGAAACUCCAUUUAUUGUUUUAUCCGUUCCCGGCAUUUUUUGUGUGUUGUACCAACCCUCGAGUAACAUGACUAAAAAGAGGAGGGGGAGGAGAUGGGACUGGUGGCUGGUUGAAGUGAUUUUUCAUCAUUUUACUGCAGUGCCACUUCUCGCCCGCGGUCCCGGGUCCACUCGAUAAUGCGGACAUUUUUGGGACAUUUACUCGUGCCGAAAUUGCAAUCAGAACGGAGAGGGUGCAUUAGGUCCGGGGGAGGGGAAAGUGUGGAAAUCGCUUUUCCGUUCGUGCCAAUAUUGAAAAAUGCAUUUUGAUAAAUGUUGCACUGUUGGAUGAAAUUCAAAAGCACGCCCCGUGAGUACACUCGUAGUCGUCGUCGUCGUCGUAAAUGUCACUUUUGCUGGUGUCACUUUUGGCGCCAACAACCCCUGCCCUUGUGUUUGUUGACAGCUGGCGUUUACUUAUGCAAAUUGCGGGGUGCAAAAUUGUUGUGUGUGUUUGGGUCCAAGUGUGCGCUGGCUGCUUUGGCGGUAGAGAGAGAAUUGAAUCUCGCCGUUGUCCCGCAGUUGGCUCGUCGCCAUCUUGGCAGGCUGUGGAAGUUGAUUGCUCAUUCAUCGGGGUCGGAUCCACUCCCCCCUUUACGGCACUGCAAAACAACCGCCGAAUGCGGUACGAAGGCAAGGACGGUGGUACGUGCGUGCCGGAGCCGGAUCCACGGUACGGUGGCCGCUUUCCGUGGCCGUUCACGUGGACGUCGGGCGUCCGGCAGCCGCCCCUGAACCCGGGCGACAUGGCGAACCUGCACGAGCGCAUCAACCACCUGCGGCCGGUCUGGUUCGAAGGGUUCCAGCUGAACGUGACGAAGGGCUGCGGCGUGAACCGGACGCUGGGCGCUAGCUGGAACCUUAGCCACGUGACGCCGAGCGGCUUCCGGUUCGGUGGACACUUCCAGCGCCGAUGCAGCGAUAGCGUGCUGACCACACCACUUGUAGCGUUCGAUGUGAACCCGACGACGCUCUGCACGAACCUGCUGCUGCUGUACCGGCCAGUCCGGUCGGUGGGACUCGAGCUAGCCCUGCAGCUUCGGCCGGGCGCAAAACCGUACGUGGACGAGGUGUCGCUGCAGUACACCGGGGCGAGCCGGACGUCCACCGUACGGUGCAGUACGCCCGACACCACGCUCGACUCGUACCGGGUCAGCCUGGAUCAUCUGGUGAGCGUGAACGAUCGGCUCUGCUUCGGGGUGGAGCUGCUGUGCGAAUGCUACCGGGGCGCUCAGCACACGAACGUGGCCUUUGCCGGACGCUACAACCGGGAAACGUCCACGCUGGCCGCCACCGUCUCGCCCGAAGCGUUCGAUUUGAGCUACUGGCAAAAAGUGUCCGGCACGUUGCAGAUGGGCUCGUCCAUGAUUGUGAACCAGCGGCAGAACCGGGCGCUCGGCACCGUCUGCUAUCGGCUCGAGCACGAGGACACGGUGAUCCGCGGUUCGUUCGACUCUGAUUGGACCGUCGGCUUCACGUACGGCAGAAAGCUUACGCCGGCCGCAUUCACCGCCCGGUUGAGUUUGUUGUUUUGCGUGCCGAAAAACACGUUCCAGUGUGGAUUUCGGAUUGAUUUGGAUUCUAAUUUGCUGUGAGUGUGCGGGACCGCUGUGCGGCGCCGACCGGUGCACGCCAUCACCCGGAUCCGCUUGAUUUCGCGCAGGCUGCUACAGCGGUUUGGCGGGGCUUUUGCGUGCGACCUCAAUACGCGCGCGCGCGCGCGAUCGAUACGAACCGCAGAAUGGGAAAGCGAAUCAACCAAAAACAACGGAAAAAGGCACACAUGUGCUCAGAACAGUUGUGGGUUUCAGGUGACGGAUUGGCGCGGGGUAAGGAUUAAAUGACACUCUACACGGGACGGCACUGCGCAUUCACACACACUCGCUCUUCACACCUUGAAAAGGGACCGCAACCGAGCGGACUGGACGAGUGUGUAUGCCUGUGGACCAAAUUAGUCCGAUAGCUCAUCCGAUUCGAAACCGCGUCCCGUUCCCGUCCGGUGUGGUUUUUGUUUGUAUGUGUGUAUGUGUGUGUGGAGACCGAGCUGUCCGAAGCUGCCCUUAUUACCCACUGUGCAUUUAUGUAUUUGAAUGAUUCUGUGGAGAUCGAUCGCAAAUGCAGCUGGCCGAUAGUGCGGGGACAUUGCAUAA